CUUGGGUCAUAGAAUAUAUGCCCAGUAAAAGCAAAGAAAUAUCCCUACUCAAUGUUGUAAUGCGAUAUAACGUACGAUAGCGAUCGUAUCAAAACAGCACGCUGAUGUGUGAUUCUGUGGAAAGGAUACGCGCGAAAAUUGGCAUUUGCGAAAUUUCAAGACCUCCCACUAAACAUUCGACCUAGAUGCUGUAUACUAACAUUUAAUUACACCAUUAAACCAAGCAAAAUUGGGAUAUAGCAUUAUAUUGCCAACGUCUUCGCGCAUAUCAUUAGGUACCCUUCUUCAAGCAGAGCCGUUGUGGAUUGUAGCUCCUUGGAUUUCAUGAGUAACACUUACAGCAAGUAUGGUGGCUGAUCAGAGUUACGACUACCUUUUCAAAAUCGUCCUCAUUGGAGAUUCUAAUGUAGGAAAGUCUAACCUGCUUGACAGGUUUGUCAAGGGCAAUUUUAAACUAGACUCAAAGAGCACCAUCGGUGUGGAGUUCGCAACUAAAACAGUGACACUGAACAAUGGAAAAAUCGCAAAAGCUCAAAUAUGGGACACUGCAGGGCAAGAACGGUACAGAGCAAUUACUUCUGCAUACUACCGUGGAGCCAUGGGCGCCAUCAUAGUGUAUGACAUUGCUUGUAAAACUAGUUUCACAAAUGUGUCCAAGUGGCUUACGGAAUUGCAUGAUUACGCUGAUUCUAAUAUAACCAUAUGUUUGGUCGGAAACAAGAGUGAUUUAACUCAUUUACGCGAGGUCAACAAGGAGGAUGGUGAGGCAUUUGCACGGGAGAAUGACCUCCUUUUCUUUGAAACUUCCUGCCUUAACAGUGAGAAUGUCGAUGUUGCUUUCAAAGAGCUCCUUAGCAAAAUCGGAGACAAGAACACGAUGUAUGACAACACUGGGUUCUCACUAAACGACGCCCAAGUGCCGAAGAACGCAAUAGUCCUGGGUGCGAAAACUGGGAAGAAAAAGAAAAGCAAAUGCUGCAGAUAAAAAUCACACCAUAACAGCACUUUA